CGGUUUUUUUUCCCUUUCCCCUGGCUCGAGCCUUCCCUCCCACGACCACGAGGCGCCGUCCUCAGGUCUCCCUCCGUUCCUCCCUUCUUGCUCGUCAAACCCACCACCAAACAGGGGCACGCUCCCCUCCAGAUCUCCGGCCGCCGGCGCGCGCGACCCGGUUCGGUUGGACUUGGCCGGCGCCGCGCGCGCCCGUAGCUGUCUUUCGCGGUGAUGCGGUGGUGGGGCGGUGCGCUGCUCCUCCUGGUUGUCUCCUUCUUCGUGGUUGCAACAGCUAAGGAUAGUGCUGAUACCCUACCAGCUGAAAAAAAUGGUGAUAGCUCUAACGCACAUUUAGGUGCCGGGGAAUUAGGACAUCCUGACGUGACAAAUCCUAAUAAAAAUCAUGUGGUACGUGUGGAAGGAGCAUUCGGGAAUGAUACAAAUGAGAACAACAAGAAGGAUAACUCAACUGAAGGAAGCAGCAUCAGAAGAGAUGAGCCAAUAAACCAGUCAACGGACGAAGAUGAUAACGCAAAAAAAUCUUCACAAGUAAGAGACUUCUUGCAAGAUCCACUUAUCAUGGAGUGCGAUCCAUCUCAUAGAUGUAUCAUUGAAAAGAAGAAAUUCAUCGCCUGCUUAAAAGUUCCUGGAGAAGAUUCGUUAGCUCUAUCACUUCUGAUGGACAACAAAGGCACGAAUCCAAUUGAUGUUAGCAUCGCUGCUCCAGAUUAUGUCACUUUAGCUGAAGAUGCUGUCCAUGUUGAAGCAAACGAUCACAAUGAGACACAGGUGAGCUUUUCUAUCAGUGAGGCAGCAAACAACACGGAGAUAGUUCUCAAGGUUGCAGGAGAAACCUGUACUAUUAACAUUCACAGUGCAAUCACAAGGGAGACAGGUCAAGUUAUGCGAAUGCGGCUUACCUCAACGUACACGCUGGUGCCUGUCUUUGUUCUCUUUGCAGUGGUGGGAGUGUGCAUCAAACUUUGGAGGACGCGUAAGCAAGAUGGCAACCCUACAUAUCAGAAGCUCGACACGGCAGAGCUACCGGUUUCGAUCGGAGGCAAGAAAGAACCCGAUCAAUCUGAUAAAUGGGACGACAACUGGGGAGAUGACUGGGACGAUGUGGAGGCACCGUUGACACCAUCCAAACCUAUGCCCAACCCAUCGUCCAAAGGUCUGGCUCCAAGGAGAUCGACCAAAGAUGGCUGGAAAGAUUAGUUGGCAAAAUGAACCCCACUAAAGUAGCAUUGAGCAAAUAUUUCCAAUGCCUAUACCUAGAGGAAAUUUUUGUGAGUUGUAUUCUGGUUAGAUUACUUGAGAAGACUAUCAGAGGGUGUAAUACACUGAUACCUCGCAGAGAAUUUUUGAAGCCCUUUGUGCUAUUUAAAGUUACAGGUGAUGCAAUUUUUUCA